ACGGAUGGGAUGGACGGGGGAAACACGGAUGCAACGGAUGGGAUGGUGAUGGGAUUGGGAAGCAACCCCAGGUCACGACCUGGGUUGCUUCCCAAUUUCCCUGGAAUGGGGAAGCGCGGACCGUUCGUGACCUGGGGUGCUUCGUGACCUGGGGUUACUUCCCAAUUUCCCUGGGAUGGGGAAGCACGGACCGUUCGUGACCUGGGGUGCUUCCCAAUUCCAUCCUCCCGGCGCCCGUGCCUAUAAAUCGCCAUGGAUGAGCUCACCUUGUCCUCAUCUGAAAAAACUUUUCUGAAUCCAAAACGUUUCGACAGCUUACCUGAUCUGCUCGAUCUUGUGUGCAGCCAUUUCUUUUUUUUUUGUAGCAGAUCCCGCGCUUGCAGCGUCUUGUGUGCAGCCAGCUGCGUGCGGCAGGAAGGAUCGAUGGCCGAUCCGGUGGCCACCGUGGAGAGGAUCGUCAAGAUCGGGCUCAAGAUCAAGGAGGCCGUGGACAAGGCUCGCCACAACGAGGAGGAUUGCCGCGAGAUCACGAGGCAAGUGCUGAUGUUCAGCGCCAUCCUGUCGCAGCUGCAGCAGACGGGGACGGUGGCCGACAGCCCGGCGAUGGCCGCGCUGGAGGCCCUGGAGGAGACCCUGCAGCGUGCCCUCGAGCUGGUCACGGCCUGCCAGGAGAGGACCACCAUCCGCCGCCUCGUCGCGGCCGGGGACCUGUCCAAGCAGCUGCGCCGGGUACGGGACGACAUCUCGAACAAUGUGAUGCUGGCAAGCUUCGCCAUCAACGUCCACACCAACAUCUUGGUGCUUACUAUUCAGGCUGGUGUUCGCCCUCUGCCCCUGCAGCAGCAAGCGGAUGCAGGACUGAUGGAUAUAUCGAAUAACAUUCAUUCAACUGAAGAUGCAAGGUCUGAUUUGAACGGUGAGGAAAACAUUGUACUAACAGGAAAUGAUGCCCCCCUUGCUCCUUUAGUAGGCUUAAAAAACUUCAGUUUAUCUGCGUUAAAGGAUGCUAUAAAUGGCGGAAUCAUCAUUGGAAAAGGUGGCUCUUGUAAGGUGUACAAGGGUGUAAUGGAUGGAACAGUGGUCGCUAUCAAGGCAUUUAGAGGAUUUAGAGGACCACACUACCUAGGUUGGGAGCAUACAUAUGAUCAACUUCUCCUAGCUUCAAAGCUUAAACACCGAAACAUAGUAAAAGUUCUAGGAUACAGCCAUGAAGUUGGAUCAUCUUCAGUGAUAAUGCAGCUGUUGGAACACAAAAACCGUCCAGCUAAAGAAAUAGACUAUUUUUGGGUCGAAGAAUACAUGCCGAAGGGAACCUUGUCCACAAAAUCCCAUGAGUCCCUGCUUGAUUGGCCUUCCGUCUCCCGGAUACUUGAGCAGGUAGCCCAGGGCAUACAUUAUCUACAUGAACAACGCAUUGUCCAUAGGAAUCUGAAACCAAGCAACAUCCUCUUGGAUUCUGAUAUGAACCCUAAGAUUAUUGAUUUUGAGUUCUCUAUGGUGUUGAAUGAUGAGAUCACUGAGGAUUGCGUAAAAGGCACUCUGGGAUAUAUACCUCCGGAAUACACUAUGCGUGGUACUGUAUCAAUGAAGAACGAUAUAUUUGCUUUUGGUGUCAUCCUCCUGGAGACCGUUAGCUGCAGUAUGUGCAGAUCUAAACCUCCUGAACACCACCACCCUACGUAUGAAUGGGCUUGGAAGGCAUGGGAGGCAGGACUAACAGAGUUGUUGUUUGAUCCGUCAUUGUUUGACGGGUCUCAGGGAAUGGAGAUUAUAAGGUGGAUGCAGGUAGGACUGCUGUGCGUUCAGUAUAACAUGAAAGACCGGCCCACCAUUGCGGAUGUUCUUGAGAUGCUAAAUGGCAAGGAAGAGUUGCCGACCCCAAAGAAAUCAGCGUAUGUGGAUGAAGUGGGAUCUACCUGGUCAGACUGGUCAUUGAGCCCCAUGUCUGCUCGCUAGCUUGUACUAAUUAGAUUUAAAAGACCCAGCUCAUGCUAAUCAGUUAGACUGUGUAAUUAAUUAUUUUUUUCAAUUGCAUUUAAUGUUUUAUGCAUGUGUUAGAAGAUUCGAUGCGAUGAAUAUUAUACAAAAUUUUUUGGGGGGCCGCA